GUUUUUUGUUUUCAGAAUAAUUUGGAGAAGAUGUGCAGGUCUCUGGAAGACCAGAUGAACGAAUACAAAACAAAGGCAGAAGAGGGACAGCGUACUAUCAAUGACUUCACCAUGCAGAAAGCAAAGCUUCAAACUGAGAAUGGUGAACUUGUAAGGCGGCUAGAGGAAAAGGAUUCCCUGGUGUCCCAACUAACCAGAGGAAAACAGUCCUACACUCAACAAAUUGAAGACCUUAAAAGACAACUAGAGGAGGAAGUCAAGGCCAAGAAUGCAUUAGCCCAUGCAGUGCAGUCUGCUCGUCAUGACUGUGACCUGCUCAGGGAGCAGUAUGAGGAGGAGCAGGAGGCCAAGGCUGAAUUGCAGCGAGGCAUGUCCAAGGCCAACUCUGAGGUGGCUCAGUGGAGAACUAAAUAUGAAACUGAUGCCAUCCAGAGAACCGAGGAACUGGAGGAGGCAAAGAAAAAGCUGGCUCAGCGUCUGCAGGAUGCUGAGGAGGCUGUGGAAGCAGUGAAUGCUAAAUGUUCAUCUCUGGAGAAGACCAAACAUAGGCUGCAGAAUGAGAUUGAAGAUCUCAUGGUGGAUGUGGAGAGGUCUAAUGCUGCUGCUGCUGCUCUGGACAAGAAGCAAAGAAACUUUGAUAAGGUCUUGGCAGAAUGGAAGCAGAAGUAUGAAGAGUCUCAAGCAGAGCUGGAGAGCUCUCAGAAGGAAGCCAGGUCUCUGAGCACUGAGCUCUUCAAACUGAAGAACUCCUAUGAAGAAUCUCUUGAACAUCUAGAGACCAUGAAGAGAGAGAAUAAGAAUCUACAGGAGGAAAUAUCUGACCUCACUGAGCAAAUUGGGGAGAGUGGAAAGAGUAUCCAUGAGCUUGAGAAGAUUCGAAAACAGUUAGAACAAGAGAAGUCUGAGAUACACACAGCCCUGGAGGAAGCAGAGGCCUCACUGGAACAUGAGGAAGGGAAGAGUCUAAGAGCCCAGCUUGAGUUCAACCAGAUUAAGGCUGAUCUUGAUCGCAAGUUGGCCGAGAAAGAUGAAGAGAUGGAGCAAGCAAAGAGAAAUCAGCAGCGAAUUGUGGAUACUCUUCAGAGCUCUCUUGAUGCUGAGACUCGCAGCAGGAACGAGGCUCUCCGUUUGAAGAAGAAGAUGGAGGGAGACCUCAAUGAGAUGGAGAUCCAGCUAAGCCAGGCCAACAGGCAGGCAGCUGAGGCACAGAAACAACUUAAAUCUGUUCAUGCACAUUUAAAGGACCUUCAGCUCCAGCUUGAUGAUGCUCUUCGAGCCAAUGAUGAUCUAAAGGAAAACAAUGCCAUAGUUGAGAGACGCAACAACCUGCUUCAGGCCGAAGUGGAGGAGCUCAGGUCUGCUCUGGAGCAAACUGAGAGAGGUCGCAAACUUGCUGAGCAAGAGCUGCUGGAUGUUAGUGAAAGGGUGCAGCUACUGCACUCACAGAACACCAGCCUGAUAAAUCACAAGAAGAAGCUGGAGGCUGAUACAUCCCAGCUUCAGGCAGAAGUAGAAGAUGCUGUGCAGGAGUGCAGAAAUGUUGAAGAGAAGGCCAAGAAGGCCAUUACUGAUGCUGCCAUGAUGGCAGAGGAGCUAAAGAAAGAGCAGGACACCAGUGCUCACCUGGAGCGUAUGAAGAAGAACAUGGAGCAAACCAUCAAAGACCUGCAACACCGUCUGGAUGAAGCUGAACAGAUCGCCAUGAAGGGAGGCAAGAAGCAGGUGCAGAAGCUUGAGGCCAGGGUCAGGGAACUUGAAAAUGAGGUGGAAAGUGAACAGAAAAAGGCCAGUGAUGCUGUAAAGGGAGUAAAAAAGUAUGAAAGACGUAUCAAGGAGCUUACCUAUCAGACAGAAGAAGACCGUAAAAAUCUAGCUCGUCUUCAAGAUUUGGUGGACAAGCUGCAGCUUAAGGUGAAAUCCUAUAAGAAGGCUUCUGAAGAUGCUGAGGAACAGAGCAACAGUUAUCUUACCAAGUUUCGUAAGCUUCAACAUGAGUUUGAUGAAGCUGAAGAGAGAGCUGACAUCGCUGAGUCUCAGGUCAACAAGCUACGUGCCAAGACCCGAGAUGUGGGGUCAAAAAGAGGACUUGACGAGUGAAGAGUGAAGUUUCCUCAAAAAUGACUGUUUCUGAGGCACCUGUUGCCUGGUGUCUCCCUAAGCAUGUGUUGUGUUUAAUAAAUGUAAUAUGCAUCUAAAA